AUGGGAAACCAGGAGGUACAAGAAGAGGGUGCUUUCCUCCGUGCUGUCCGGACGGCCCCUAUCAUUGACCAUCAUGCGCACCCGCUGUUGACUCGCCAUGCUACUGCGGCUGGCAGGUUCCCCCUGCAGACUAUUACGACCGAGGCCGAGGGCUCUGCACUAGCUGCUACAACAGCGAGCCUAGCUCAUGUUCGGGCUGUCAAGCAGCUUGCCAGUGUGCUUAGCUGUGAGGCGACAUGGGGCUCCGUCCAAGCUGCGCUUGAGAGUAAGCGUCAACAGGGAGAAGUGUAUGAGGAUUGGGUCAAAUCAUGCCUGUCGAGCAUUUGCACUAUUCUUGUCGACGACUCGAUUGGGGGUGAGAGAGAUCAUGAGCCAUAUAUUUACUUUAACAGGUUCGGGGCUGGUUCUAAGAGGCUGGUUCGGAUCGAGCAUAUGGCAGCCAAUUUGAUCAAUCAGGCUUGUCAAGAAUAUGAUCAUCCGGAGAUGGCUUUCUCCUCGUUUAUUAUGAAUCUUAAGAACGCUAUCACUGCAAAUUUAGCUGAUCCUAUGGUGGCUGGGUUCAAGUCUGCGAUAUACUGCCGGACUGGUCUCGGUAUCUCCCACAACGAAGAUAAAUACCAAGCGUUUAUCGCUUUUCAAAAGAUCCAUACGAAGAGGAGGCGUAUCGAGGCAAAGCCAUUUUCUGGGCUUCAGGACGAUGGACUUAAUGAGUAUGUUGUCCAUUGUCUGGCCAGUCUCAUCAGCGAAUUGGAUUCUCCCUGUACUAAACCGAUCCAAUUCCACACAAGUCUGGGUGAUAACGACAUCACAAUGACGCAAGCAUCACCGUCCUAUUUGCAGUCAUUCAUCAAGCAGUACCCAACGGUGCCUAUUAUCUUACUACACUCUGGCUACCCGUUUGUCCGCGAGAUGGGAUACUUAGCCACGGUGUACGCUAAUGUGUAUGCUGAUAUUGGUCUGGUAUUUCCCAUGGUCAGUCGAGAUGGGCAGGAGAAUGUUAUCAGGCAGAUCUUAGAGCUUUGCCCUUCGUCCAAGGUUCUUUGGAGCACAGGCGGGCACUAUCUUCCCGAGACACAUCUCCUUGCCGUCACGCAGAUGAGGAAGGCCUUUGAGACUGUUUUGAGUGAAUAUGUGAAGAAGGAGGAUCUUACUUGGAUGGAAGCAAGAGACGUUGUUGAAGAUAUUCUCUUUCGCAACGCUAAUAGGUUAUACAGUCUCGGUUUGGACCUUAACUCUCCACUACCAGUUUUGACACCACAGAGUGAAUCCGCCCAGGCAGAGCUAGACAAGGCAGGACCAGAUCAGGAAGAAAGAGAGCAAUCGGAAUCUGAGUCGCAAUCAGACCAGUCAGAUUCAGAUCGGCCAAAAUCCAACUUUGACGGACUGGCAAAACUCAGAAGUGCCGGUGACUCCAUUCAAUACGUACGCCUGUGCUGGCACGACAUAACCGGAACAACAAGAGGGCGAACCAUCCCUAUAAGACGCGCCAUGUCAAUACUACAGUCCAAACCGGACUUCAAAUUCAGCGUCUCCACGUCAGCAUUAGCACUCCUUCAGACGGACGAAAUGCUGCCCGGCGUAUCUCCAGCUAAGGAGUGGGAUCUCUGCGCAGAUUUUAAAAGCUUGCGCGUAGGUCCGAGGAAGGGACUGGUCACAGUCAUGGGCGACUUUCAGGAAAAGGAUGGAUCCGGUGUCUUUCUAUGUCCGAGGACAACGCUAUCAGAUACUCUGAGGCUUGCGUCUAGUCACAAUCUUGAGUUUAUCCUCGGCUUCGAGAUUGAGUUCGUGCUGCUGAAGCGGACUGGAGUAAGACGGUUUGAGAUGCUUGAUGGCGAUGCGCAUAGCUGGUGUUCUGUUGGAGCCGCAGAUCAUGAUGCAGCUAUUGCUGUUGAGGAAGCGGUCAGCAAGUUGGACGAGGCCGGCAUCUACGUUGAGACGAUACAUCCGGAGAGCGCGUUUGGUCAGUACGAGAUUGUACUGCCUGCCGCGCCAGCGCUCGAAGCUGUUGACACCCUCAUCUUUGCCCGGCAGGUCCUCUCGGCGUGUGCAGAUUCUCGUGGAUACAAAAUGACGCUCCAUCCUAAACCGUAUGCUAAAGCCACUGGGACCGCAGCCCACGUCCACAUGUCCAUUUCUUCCCCUCGAGGAUCCGACCGAAAUACUUGGGAGUCGUUUUACGCUGGAAUAUUGAAGCACCUUCGAAGUAUUCUUGCCUAUACAUGUGCAAGUCCUGUUAGUUAUAGCAGGCUCGUCGAUGGCUGCUGGGCUGGCGGGACGUGGGUGGCAUGGGGGUGUCAGAAUCGAGAGACGCCGCUGCGUAAGAUAGAGGACAGCCACUGGGAGCUGAAAUGUAUGGACGGUUUGGCUAACCCUUACCUGGCUAUGGCGGCUAUCUUCUCAGCUGGAAUUGAUGGGGUUGAGCUAGGACAGCAGCUAUUGUUGGCCGAGUGUACAGACGACCCGGCAACUCUAACCGAGGAACAGAGGAAGAAGCUGAACAUAACAGAGAAGCUACCUGCAACGCUGUUGGAGGCGCUUGAAUCGCUUGAGAAGGAUGACUCUUUGCGUGAGAUAGUUGGUGAAGAUUCGGUGAAGAGGUACAUCGCGGUGAAGAAGGCGGAGAUGAAGAUGCUGGGUGCCAUGGAUGAUUCUUCUCAACGGCAGUGGAUUAUCGAGAGGUAUUGA